UGUAGUGAUGUUAUUAUCUGUUCUAAAAAUUUCUGAAGUGUUUGUCCUGUGUCCCCCUUCACUUUCUUUCGAGGUUGCAUUUACUUUCCCUUUCGACUUCGAAACGAUCCAAAAUACUACAAAGCAAAGCAACCAGCUAAAAAGCAAUCACGCCCGAAAACGAAAGCAUCUCCCUCUCCCCUAAGCAAACAACUGCCCUUAACCCUCAAAAACAAGCCACCCAAACCCAUCCACUUCAACCCCCCCCCCCCCCCCCCCCCCCCAAAAUCACCUCCCUCUCUCACCGGCAUUGAUUCUCCAUGGACGAAUCAGAGCAAUACCCAAAGGAGUAUUACCCUAACGACCAAACCCUCCCCAGAAGAGUCUCCUCAUCCUCGUCCUCUUCCACGACGAGCGUCCACGUGACAGCCCUAGACGGCCUGGUGAACGUGAACUCCCUCUUCACGAUCGCCGUCUUCGUGGGUCUCUCCCUCACCACCCCGGGCCAGCGCAGCCUCGAGAACCGCUCCUCCUGCGACGCCGACGUUGACGUAGCCAAGAAGCUCCUCGUCUUCGAAGUGGUGUCGUUUAGCUUCUUCCUCUUCUCGUCGCUGGUAGCGCAGGGGCUGAAGCUGGCGCUGAAUCUGCUCAACAGCAAGGACGCCGACGAGGCCUUCCGGGCCCACAUCAACCUCAGGGCCCUAAGGCUUGGCAUGCUGGGCUCCGCCAUUGGCUCCGUCAUGGGCUGCCUCUUCCUCGUUCUCUCCAUGGUCAACGUCAUCGAGAUCCGAUUGGGAAUGCUGUCGUGCGGGAGCAAGGCCGCCGCGCACGCUGUGGCCGCGAUGGUCGUGUUGGUCUCCUCCGCUCUCGUGCUUUAUAUUUCCACUGCUAUCUAUGCUUUUACUCACUGAAACUAUUAUAAAAAUGGAGGAAGAAGAUAAAUUUGUUGUUUGUGUUUUUAUGUGGAAUGGUUCUUGUUUCAUUGAUGGUUUUGUGAUUGCUUGAAUCGGUGUUUGUUGGAGCGAGCAAGUGGAUACUGGAGAGGAAAUAAUUUAGUGCUUUCUCUCUCGUUUGGUUUCGUUUCAUAAAAAGAAAGAAAGAAAGAUAGAAACAUUUGCGGAAGAUUGUAUAUUUUUUUCUUGCUUUGGUGUUUUGUUAUUGGUGUUGGUAGGGAUUUUUCUAACAAGUAGAAAUCGAAGGCAAAUUCUAGGAAUUUACAACAACUUAUGCACCUGCUCAACAAACAGCUAAGCUAGACCCCCUGUUGCUAGGGAUGGGGUGAAAUGAGAUUUUGUAGGAGAGAAUUCUGAAGUAUUUGGGUUUUAGUUAAUUGCUUCGAUGAUGUACUCAGUACUAUUUGGUUAGACUGCAUUUUAUUGGUGAAAUCUAUUCUGAUGUGGUUUGGUUUA